CUACUAUAAGUAGCUGAUUGAUAAGACCUUGCUAUUUCAUUUUAUUUUUUUUAUCAAGUCACUAAGUUUCGAAAACACGAUGAAAAUUAUUGCAAUUUUCCUAUGUGCGUUUGUAACGUCUUCGUCAGCAGAUUACUUUGACUUCUUAAAAAAAAUUCUUUUUUCAAAAAAUGUUUCUCCUGCACGAGUACGGACAGAGGAGGAAUGCAAUAGCAGAACUAAUGAAUCAGUAAUACUGGAUUUUAUCGGUCUUGUUGAACAAUAUGAUGGAUACAAAGCCGAGGAAUAUAACAUUACGACGGAUGAUGGCUACAUAUUAGGAUUGCACAGAAUUAGUGGCAGCCCAUCUCACCCUAAAACUGACGGAAAACGGGUUAUUUACAUACAGCACGGUUUAUUUGGUUCAAGUGAUUUUUUAGUUUUAUUAGGACCCCACCGUUCUUUAGCUUUUUACUUAGCAGACGCAGGAUAUGAUGUAUGGCUAGGAAACGUAAGAGGCAAUGUUUACUCUAAAUCUCAUAUCACGUAUGGACCAAAAUCUAGCAGGUUUUGGAAUUUCAGAAUGGAUGAAAUGGCAGAAAAGGAUAUUAGCAAAUUUAUUGAUGUUGUAUUAGAAAAAACGAGACAAACUAAAUUAACUUACAUAGGAUAUUCCAUGGGAACAACUUUAAGUUACAUGCUGUUAUCAUCAAAACCAGAAUAUAAUGAAAAAAUUGAUCUCCUUGUAAGUUUGGCACCCGUUGCUUUUUUUACACCUCCAGCAAGUAUUCUUAUAAAGUCAUUGAUAUCGACGAUUUUACUGGCCAACAAAUUCUCAAAUGAAAUUCUACCUCAGUCAAUUGAUAUAGCUCAGUUUGCGAAAGAUUCAUGCAAUAAUUCUGCUUUCAACCCAUGUAAAAUAUUUUUAUCUCAUUUUGCGAGAGGAAUUCACAACUUAUCAGAGCCUGAUGUUCAGAAAAUUCUUGCUUAUACUCCAGCUGGCACUUCGUAUUACACAGUUGAACAUUACCAACAACUCAUGAAUAAUGAUCGAAAAUUUCAAAAAUAUGACUUUAAUACAAGGUGGUAUACUUCUAAUAUGGGGAAAUACUAUCAAACGACACCGCCCCAGUACGAUGUUUCAUCGAUCAAUGCUGCUCAUAUAAUUAUUUACAGUCUUGCAGAUGUAUUUGUAAAAGUUGAGGAUGCCAAGUAUUUGAAGGAUAAUAUGAAGAACGUUAUAGCUUUCGAAGAAGUUGCCGAUAAGAACUUCAAUCAUGUAGAUUUUAUUUGGUCCGUAGAAGCCAAGAAAUUGGUUUAUGAGCCACUAUUGAAAAUAAUGUCGAAACAUCAUUAGUGCUUUAUUUUUGGCAUUGUGACAGUGGUCAUGUAUUUCUAUAACUUUUGUAGAUAACAUUUUGUAUGCAAGAUUAAUAAAGAAACUUUCAAUAAAUACAUUGUAAAAGAUAAAA